ACUGUCUUAAAAAAGCUGGAAAUCUCGAUGGCGCAAUUCAAUUAUUUGAUAGCCUUAGUGAAUUUGACAUCAAAAAAGAUGUUUAUACCUAUAAUUGCAUGAUUCAUGUAUACGUGUUGAAACAUGACAUGAAAAAAGCGAUAGAAUAUUAUGAAGAGAUGAUAUCGAAUGGAAUAGAAGCAGAUUCAGUAACUUACUUGACAUUAAUAGAUGGAUUCGGAAAACAAAAAGAUACAAAAAAAGCACUGGAAUUUUAUAAUAAGAUGAUAUCUUCUCAUAAACAACCAACGACAAAGAUUGUUUCAUCUCUUAUAAACACAUUUAUGAGAGAAAACCAAUUGGAACAAGCAGAACAAAUCUUUAAAACAAUGAAAUCGCUUAAAAUACAACCUGAUAUUAGAUUAUAUAAUACUCUAAUACGUAAUUCAAUAAUUAAAUUGGACAUGAAAGCCGCAAAUCAACUUUAUCAUGAAAUUAUAAAAUUCGGAAUAAAACCAGAUGUUUACACAUUUGCAAUGAUGAUUGAUGGAUACUUAAAAAUCGGAGAUCAAGAAAGUGCAACAAAGAUUUAUUCAUACAUGAUAAAUCAUGGAGUAGAUAUUAAUUCAACGGUGAUUAAUAUUUUGAUGCAAUUACAUUUUGAAAAAAAUGAGUCACAAACG